AUGCUGUUUAGUCUAGAGAAUAACCAGAUUGAAGGCUCUAUACCAAUUAGAGCUAUUGUUAAUUUGAUUGCACUUAAAGAACUAUACCUUGGUGUAAACAAUUUAACAGGUGUAAUUACCUAUGAGGUUGGAAACCUACAAACAUUGGAGGCGUUGAACCUAAGAUUUAACAGUUUAAAAGGUUCCAUACCAACCAGGAUCUUCAACAUCUCAACUUUAAGAGUGCUUUCACUUGUUGCCAACAGUCUUUCAGUUAAUCUUCCAUCCAAUAUGGGUUUAGGUCUGCCCAAUUUAGAAGAACUUUUCCUCAGCUCUAAUAACCUCAGUGGACUUGAAUCUUCAUCUGUGGAGUUAAGCUUCUUCACUACGUUAGCAGAACGCAGAUACCUGAGAAAAAUUUCAGUGGCUAAUAACCCGUUAACUGGUAUUCUUCCAGUUUCUAUAGGAAACCUUUCUUCUUCUAUAGAAGACAUUUAUGCAGGUGGCUAUAAAAUGAAGGGAAGAAUUCCAAAAACUGUUGGCAAUCUAAGCAAUUUGAGAGUGCUAGGUCUACAAGAGAAUCCCUUGCCUGAUAGUUUGUGUAGCUUACAGUAUCUUUAUCUAGCUUCCAACAGAAUAACUUCUCAUGUGCCUGACAGUUUCUGGAGCCUCAAAGAUCUCUUGGGAUUUAUUCUGUCAUCGAAUUUCUUGACUGGCUCUCUGCCUUCAGAGAUUGGACUGUUGAAGGUUUCAUGUUCCAGCAAGCCAAACACUUCAAUUCACAGAUCGAGGACAAAGAAAGUGCUUCAAACUAAAUUGAUAUUGUUUGGAGCUUCAGCAAUAAUUGCUGGUAUUGCCUUGGCAUUUUUGUUCGUUAGGUACAUAAAGAAGGAGGAGGUUCCUAAUGGAACUAAUUUGUUCUCCUUGACAGCAAAAGGAAGGAUUUCGUAUUAUGAACUCCUACAAGCAACCAAUGGUUAUGAUGAAAGCAAAUUACUAGGAAGUUUUGGAUCUGUUUACAAAGGGAUUCUAGCUAAUGGAAUGUAUGUGGCCAUAAAGGCGUUCAAUUUACAGUUGGAAUAUUCAUUCAAGAGUUGCACCAGAGAAUCUGAAAGUCUUACGCAUUCUUAG